AUGGAAGAAGUUGUUAAAUUGCGAUUACGCAAUCUCGACCGUUUUCAAUUAUGUCUUGCUGUAUGUCGCACGUCAAGUGCCAGCGUAAGACAUGAAAAUACAUACAAAGAUCCAGAUUCAAAACAUUGCUACAUAACGUUAUUACCAAUGAACAAUAAUGUCAAUAAUCAAAAUAAUGAACGUAAUUCAUUACUAAUCAAUCAUAAUAAUAAUAAUAACGACGACAAAGGCGUCAUUACUUCUUUUUCUACAGUUUCAUUAUUUAUCCCAAAUUCAACUAUGUCCUGCGAUUAUCCUUUUUCAUAUAAUACAAGCAAUAUACAUUUUUAUUUAUUAUUUUCAUUAAUAAUUCUUAUUUUCAGUGUUAUAAAAAAGAAGAAUAUAAUCAUCUUCGCUGUUUUUUUUAAAGUGAAGAACGAAUUCCACGAACCAGAGAAGAUUUCAUACGCCAAACAUCGUUGUAAUCAAUAUCUGCAGUUGGAUAACGUUUUUUUACCAACUCUAAUAUUUCAUUACGAAUGGGCUCUUGGACAGUCCCUC